UCGAGCGGCGUUGUGAGGUUCGUUGCGCGCGGCGGAACAAAAGGCGAGAGGUUGUUCCGUUGGGUGGUGUUUUUUUUUUUACGGUGAUCGCGUCGCGAUAACGGCGCAAAGUGCGACAAUGGCAGGCAGAAUGGCGGGACAGACUAUAAACGACCGGUUGCUGGCCGCGAAGCACAGUCUUGCCGGCCAGGGCCUCGCCAAAGCCGUCUGUAAGGCCACGACGGAAGAACCGAUCGGACCCAAGAAAAAGCAUUUGGACUAUUUAGUGCACUGCACCAAUGAGCCCAACGUUUCGAUACCGCAACUGGCGAACCUGCUCAUCGAAAGGUCGCAGAGCGCCAACUGGGUGGUGGUGUACAAGGCCCUGGUGACCGUCCAUCACAUGAUGUGCUACGGUAACGAGAGAUUUACGCAAUUUUUGGCGUCCAGCAACAGCACCUUCCAGCUGAGCAAUUUCUUGGACAAAAGCGGUCUCCAAGGGAUGCUAAACUCGAAGGCGGGGUACGAGAUGUCGCCGUUUAUUAGGCGCUACGCGCGCUACCUGAACGAGAAAGCUAUGUCGUAUCGUCUGGUCGCCUUCGAUUUUUGCAAAGUCAAACGUGGCAAAGACGACGGCGUGCUCAGAACGAUGAACGCGGACAAGCUGCUGAAGACGGCGCCCGUGCUCCAGGCCCAGGUCGACGCCCUCCUCGAGUUCGAUUGCUCCGCCAACGAUCUGAGCAACGGCAUCAUAAACAUGUGCUUUAUGCUACUCUUUCGCGACCUGAUCCGUUUGUUCGCCUGCUACAACGACGGCAUCAUCAACUUGCUGGAGAAGUACUUCGACAUGAACAAGAAACAGUGCAAGGAGGCACUCGACAUCUACAAGAAGUUCAUCAUCCGGAUGGACCGCGUGGCCGAAUUCCUCAAGGUCGCGGAGAACGUUGGUAUCGACAAGGGCGACAUCCCGGACCUGACCAAGGCGCCGAGCAGCCUCCUCGACGCCCUCGAGCAGCACUACGGCCACCUGGACGGGAAAAAGUCGUCCACGAGUUCCGCGUCGUCGGGAGGCGGCAGCACUAACCAGAAAAACGUCAAGUCUGGGGUGUCGGCCUUGAACACUACCGGCACAGCGUUCGGCAACGUCGCAGCUAGCGCUCGUUUCGACUCCGUCAACGGUAUCGACGAGAGUCUUAAGAUCAAAGCACUGGCGGAGGAGGAGGCGGCGAUGAACCAGUUCAAGUCGAAAGUAUCGUCGCCCACGACCGCCGCCCCCGUCGGCGGUGGCGGCAAUCCGUUCUUGGGCGGCGGCGGCGUGUCUUCAACGCCCGACCUAUUCGGGGCGGACGAUAACGUCCCGCCUCCGGCGAGGGCAUCCGACGACCUCCUCCAGCUGUCCAAUCCGUUCAUCGAUCCGUUUGGUCAUCCCGCCCCCGUUCAGCAGACCGCCGCGUGGGUGGUCAACGGGAACAACGGCUACGGCGUCCGGUCGCCUACCCACCACCCUACGGCGACGGUACUCAACGGCACCUUCGUCUCGGAAAACAACUUCGCCUCGGUCUUCGGCAACGCGGACCCGCCACCUGUAGGCACAUUCGACGCCCUCGGCGGCGUGUUACAACCGACCAAUACCCACGGGUCGACCAACAACAACAACAACAACAACGCGACGGCGGCUGCGGCGCCCUCUGUCGGCAAAAACAACUCCCAACAGAACGGCAACGGGUUGCUGACCGGCGACUUGGAGUCGAGCCUGGCGUCGCUUGCCGAAAAUUUGACCAUCAGCGAUCGAAAACAGACCCUGAAGGGCGUGUGGAAUUCGCCGAAGAACGGUUCGAAACCGAACAAUUGGACGCCGCAACCGAUGCCCGCGACGACCGGCGCCAAUUACAAGCCCAUGAACCAAUCCAUACCCAAUUCGCCGUUCAGCAGCAUGAUCACCCCGUCGUCUAACCCGGUCGUUUAUCCCCAAGUGUCCCCCGUGUUGCAGGGCAUGAGACCGAUGGCCGGCAUGAUGACGCCUCUGACGCCCAUGGUUACGGUGCCGCAGCAGCCGAACUCCAUGGGGCCGCCAUCGCAACUGUUGUUCCAUUGACGGCGUGGGGAAGGGAGCGCGCGUCGCUUAAAUGUAAAUACGACCCGCCCCCGCGGGCGGCAAAAAAAAUUGUACAUAUCGGAGAGUCGUCGAGCGAAAAUGUGGUCCAAUUAAGCGUUUUUUUUUUUUGUUUAUGUAAAGGGAAGAACGGUUCCUAGUUUUGCCAUUUCAGCGACCCCCCGGUAAGAACGAGAGUACGUCCGGUUGGGAGUUUAAUUCGGUAUAUUCUUUUAUAUAUUGUAUUUCCGUGUAAUAUAUUCUUCUAUUAAAGGUUAAAAUUUU